UGGAUGCUUUUGAUGACUUCUGGAGGUGGGGAUCUCUUUCACCUCUAUAUAAUCAUCCCAAACUCCGCUUAAACCUGCUCUUCGGCUCAUUUAUUCUUCCUUUUAGACUUAUAAAAGUCUGAUUUGUUCAUACAGUCGAUGUGGGCAAAGGAAACGCAUCUUCUCUGAAACGCGCUUUUAUGGAUCAUCUAACCCCUCCCUCUUUCCGGGUUACAGUAACACAUUUCUUCUCAUCUCAUGGCAAACACGCCGUCAUUUCUUAUAAAUAGUCCCCUUCAAUCCUUCCUUCUUUAUCUUUUAAAGUAAAACUGAUGAGAAAUAAGCGCAGAGAUGACGCCGCGGUUUAACUUUAGUGCGCGUAAAAAAGAAGGGGCGCAUGGAGCGAAAAUGUCCACUUUUGGUGUUUUCUUCUCGCCUUUGCUGAAUUUGAGUCCUUGGAUCUGAUUUUUGGGUGUUUGGCCACCAGGCAGCAAACAACUGGAGCUGAUCUGGUUUGAAACUUAAAGGAUGACUUGAUGAGACGGUUUGCAAAGAGCCAAAUAUACCAAAGCAAGAAUGACUUCAAGACGUUUCCUGCUGAAGCUUAGAAAAACGUUUCUCACCUCUUUCCUCUCCGCUCUGGCAUUAGCUUUCCUGCUGGUCAGCAUCAAGUAUAUCUACAUUCCCGCAUCUCCUUCACAAGACCCGAUCAUAGAGCCAUUUGUCAAGCACAACAUCAGCUGUGAGGGUAUUUACAACAUGGACCCGGUUGAAGUUGGGAAAUCCCUCAUCAUCAGAAGGAAAACGAUAGAGGAAGGUAGUGAUGAAAGUCUGAUCAAAACCACAGAAGACUGUCCCUUCUUCAUGAAGCACAGAGGUUACGGGAAUAUGUGCAUUUCUGAGGAGGAGAAAGAUUUUCCUAUUGCAUACUCUUUGGUUGUACAUAAAAACGCUUGGAUGGUAGAGAAACUCCUCAGGGCAGUGUACUCUCCCAGUAAUAUCUAUUGUAUCCACUAUGAUCAGAAGUCAUCGGCUCAGUUCAUGGCUGCCAUGGAGGGUUUGGCCCGUUGUCUGCCUAACGUUUUCAUCUCCAGCAAACGCGAGGCCGUCUACUAUGCAAGUAUCAGCCGGUUGAAGGCCGACCUCAACUGCCUGUCUGAUCUUCUGAUAUCAGAGGUCAAGUGGAAGUAUGUCAUCAACCUUUGUGGCCAAGAUUUCCCGCUAAAAUCCAACAUGGAGCUGGUGUCAGAGCUCAAGUUAUUAAAGGGCUCCAAUAUGUUGGAGACGAGCAAACCCAGCGACCUCAAGAAGGAGAGGUUCCUUUACCAUCAUGAGCUGCAGGAGGCCAGUUUUGAGUAUAAAAAACUUCCAGUAAAAACACAACAGGAAAAGACACAACCGCCACAUGGCAUAAAGAUGUUUAUUGGGAAUGCCUACUUUGUGUUGUCACGUGAAUUUGUUGAGUUCACAAAUUCAUCGGCUGUGGUGAGGGAUUUCCUGGCCUGGUCAGAGGACACUUACUCUCCGGAUGAACACUUCUGGGCCACACUUGUACGACUUCCAGGUGUUCCAGGGGGGUUGCCCAGAUCCCAUCCUGAUGUCACAGACCUAAUGAGCAAAACGAGGCUUGUAAAAUGGCAUUACUUGGAAGAGAACCUUUAUCCGCCGUGUUCUGGGACACACGUGCGCAGUGUUUGUAUUUUCGGUGCAGCCGAACUGUAUUGGUUGCUGAACUAUGGCCACUGGUUUGCCAACAAGUUUGAUCCCAAAGUGGAUCCUGUUCUGAUUCAGUGCCUAGAAGAGAAACUGAUUGAGAAACAGAAAAUAUUACAAAAACAGACUACUUUGAUUUGUCCAAAAGGUUAGCUAAGGAGCUAAAAAUCAAUCUUUUAACUUUGUUAAUAAACCAAAACAUUUAUGCAGAUGUGUGAUUGUAUAAUUUAAAUGUCUUCCCAUUUAUAUAUUUGACUGGUUUAGUUCCACUUUCUUUGUUUUGGAAAGACUUUGUGCCUUCUCUAAAUGAUAUUUUUUUUCUGUAAUUGGUCAGAAAUCGGAAUCUCAGGUAAUAUCCCAGGUAUUAUAUACUGGUUAAUAAAGACAAGAAAGACUGUGACUACAAGUAAGGAUAUUCAGACAGUUCAAGUAACAGCUUUGCCAGCUUGUCACCUAAUUGUGGAUUUUUUAACUUUGAUAUAAGAUGAUUCUAAACAGUGAUUAAAAAACCUUAACAAUAGAUUUUCUGAUUAAACCCUUUUGAAAAUGUUGAACUAUCCAUGACCUUGAAUACAGAAUAAGGAAUCUGAAAAUAAAGUCUCUUACUGUAAGUUAUAUCUGCAGUGUUUC